UCAGAACAGUUAUUUCGUAGUUUUAGAGACGACGUUACUAAAAUGGACCUUUGGUUCACUCAAAUAUUGUUAUUUGUAGUUUAUUUUUUUACUUCUCACAAUCAAAUUAAUGGUUAUACUGAUAACAUCUCUAAACCACUUACAAUUGUCGGCUUUUUCGACCGAGAAAACAGUAUCGAACAGCAAGCUUUUGAGCUAGCGGUACAUAAAGUAAAUAUUGACCCAGAGCUUUCUAAUGUAUUCUUAAAAGCCCAAAGUGAAAUAGUGGAUUUUACAGACUCAUAUAAAACGAGUAUAAAAGUUUGUGAAACUUUGGAGUCUGGAGCUAGAGCGGUAUUUGGACCUUCAUAUUCUGAAUCGUCAAAUAUCAUACAGUCAAUGUGUGAACAUAUGAAUAUACCAAAAAUAGAGACAAAUUGGGAAAAUGCAGCUGUCGGGCAGUUUGAUUAUUAUUUUAGCACAUAUCCAGAACCAUCUAGUUUAGCUGAGGGCUAUACCACAAUAAUAAAAGAUAUGGAUUGGUUAUCAUUUACAUUACUUUAUCAACGACCUCAAGAUUUGGUUAAGCUACAACACUUAAUCCAAUUUUAUUCCACUAAAAACAAACCAAACAACUUUAACGUAGCUGCUAUUAGUAUAAUUCAAUUACCUGAAGACAAAAAUUAUAAGCCAAUUUUAAAGGAUAUUAAGAAAUCAUUAGAAGGUCACAUUAUAAUAGAUUGCGAUUCAGAUUUAAUACUGCCUAUCCUAAAUCAAGCAAAAGAAGUAAAUUUACUUGACGAUUAUCAUAGUUUUAUGCUAACUUCUUUAGAUGCACACACAGUUGAUUUAAGCAGUUUAGGUAGAAUAUCCCGUACCAAUAUUACAACUAUACGAUUAAUUGAUCCAAAAAAUGUUGAAGUUGAAGACAUCAUAAAGGAUUUGAACUUUGUUCAAGAACGGCUUCAAGUAAACAUUCCACCUUUCCAAUCAGACACAAUAACUGCCAACGCAAUACUUAUGUAUGACUCAGUUAAUACAUUUGCCAAGACUUUACAUAGUUUAGGCGGUACAAACAGAAUUUUAACCCACUCGGUUCAAUGCAAAAAAGCUCCAUUUCAAAGCUGGCCCGAUGGGUUUGAACUUAUAAAUUUUAUAAAAGUGAUCGAAACAAAAGGGUUGUCCGGUUCACUUCGAUUUAACAUAACUACAGGUCAUAGGUCAUAUUUUACAUUGGAAAUUGUUGAACUUUCUGACAAUGGCUUUAAGAAGAUUGGUUUAUGGGAUCCAAUGCAUGGGAUAACUUAUACAAGAACUAGCAGUGAAAUGCUUGAUGAUUUAGUGGCAGCUAAUAAAAACAAAACAUUUAUCGUCGCGACUAAAAUUACUGAGCCAUAUUUUAUGUUAAAAGAAGGGCACGCUAAACUGAUAGGAAAUGAUAAGUAUGAAGGAUAUGUCGUUGAUUUAAUACAACAAAUUGCUGAAGAAAUAAAUAUUACUUAUGAAUUUCAAGUUAAAAAUCAUGGUAAUGGAAAACGAGACCCAAAGACUGGUAAAUUCGAUGGUAUCAUCGGGGAAGUACAAGAAUUAAGAGCAGAUAUGGGUGUUUGUGAUUUAACAAUUACUCACGAUAGAAGGUCUGCUGUAGAUUUUACCAUGCCUUUUAUGAACUUAGGUAUCAGUAUAUUAUUUAGUAAACCUGAAGAACCAGAGAAUAACUUAUUUUCGUUCACUCAACCUUUAUCUUUUCAAGUAUGGAUAUUUACUGCUACGGCUUAUUUAAGUCUUUCUUUGGUGUUAUUUUUUUUUGCGAGAAUAACACCUAAUGAAUGGCAAAAUCCUCAUCCAUGCGAUCCAAAUCUAGAAGAAUUAGAAAACUCGUUAUCCUUAUUAAAUUGUCUAUGGUUUUCGUUAGGCUCCAUACUUUGCCAAGGGAGUGAUAUAUUACCGAGGGCAUUUCCUACCAGAUUAGCUGCAGCUAUGUGGUGGUUUUUUGCACUCAUUAUGACUCAGUCUUACAUUGCAAAUUUAACUGCUUUUUUGACGUCUAAUAGAAUGGAAACGACCAUCAAGAAUGUAGAGGACCUAGAUAAAAAAGCUGGUACUGAUGGUAUUAAAUAUGGUUGUUUAAAAGGUCAAUCAACGGCUGGCUUUUUUCAGAAUUCAAACGUAAACCUUUAUCAAAAAUUAUGGAGUGGUAUGGAAAUGUAUGGUGAUUCAGUGAUGGUCUCAGAUAACAAACAAGGUGUAGACAGAGUAAAAAAAGAAAGAAAUCAUUAUGCAUUUUUUAUGGAAUCUAGUUCUAUUGAAUAUGAAGUACAAAGAAACUGUGAUUUAGCCGAAGUUGGAUAUUGGUUGGAUAAUAAAGGAUAUGGAAUUGCUAUGCCAUUCAAUGCUCCACAUAGAACAGCUGUAAACAUGGCAGUAUUAAAGCUGUCCGAGACAGGUUCUUUAUUGGCGCUAAAAGAAAAAUGGUGGUCUGUAUCUAAAGAUAAAAAGUGCAAACCUCCAAAAACAGACAACUCAGAACUUGAUGUUACUGAACUCGGUGGAAUGUUUGUAAUUUUAAUACUUGGAUGUAUGAUAGCUUUUAUAUUUUCAAUAUUUGAGUUUUUAUGGAAUAUAAGGAAAGUAGCAGUUGAAGAAAAGCUUACUUAUUUUGAAGCCUUCAUGAUAGAGCUAAAAUUUGUGUUAAAAUGCCAUGGAACUACAAAACCUGUGAGACAUGUCAAUAGGAGCUCUUCUGAUAUCUCUGUCAAAUAAAAUACUUCACUAUAAAUGUACAACUAUAAUAAGAAUAACUUAGAUGAAUGAAUUAGAUUAUGUAUUGUUGAUUUAUGAUAAAAAUUUACAUGAAUAAUUUCCUAACGUGAAAAAUUUAGUUCGAAUUGCUAUUAUUUAAAAAUAAUACUAAAAUAAUUAUUUAAUUUAUUGUUGACUGAAAGAAUUUUUUAAAAAAUUUAAAAAAAGUGUACGUAUAACAAUUGUAUUUUACAUUUUGUAACUUGU